UCAUACGAACAGCAUUUUCCCCGGAAGUCGGGUUCCAGACAAUGACAGCUACUCGUAUGUUACCUGAAAGCCGUCAUACAGCGCUCAGUUUGAGCUCUGUGGACGUGUUUUAAGCUUUAGCAGAGGGGAGUGACCCCGCUCAGUACCAACCGCUGCCUGACCAAGAGCCACGUGUACAGGAAACCCUAGAAUUCAUGUGUCGCCCUGCGGAUUCUUCCAAUCAACGUUGAGGGUCGAUGUGACGCAGACGGCGCGUCACCCGUGCAGCUAGACCUAUAGAUACAUUUUAUUAGUUUGACCGUGUUUAUUUUUAUUUUACUUUUAUUUCCUGCGCAGUGGAUGUCGCAGUAGGUAGCACUUUACACCGGCCCAUCAGAGACGUCUGACUGCGGAAACCAUGCACGGAAGGAGAGUAUGGCAGAGGUCGCACGGGAUGCUGUACCUGGCUUUCCUGGCCUUGAUUUAUACCAUGGCCACACAGGCCCGUCCGGCCAACAUGUCAUCUCUGAAAGACAAGAACCCCAGCAGCAAAGAAGAGAAUGAGAUCCUCCCCCCAGACCACCUCAAUGGGGUAAAGAUGGAGAUGGAUGGGCACCUCAACAAAGACUUCCACCAAGAGGUCUUCCUGGGGAAGGAUAUGGAAGAGUUUGAAGAGGAUUCGGAGCCCAGGAAGAACAGGAAGAAGCUAAUAGAAAUAUUCAGCAAGGUGGAUUUCAAUGGCGACCAGAGUAUCAGUGCAAAGGAGAUGCAGCGGUGGAUUAUGGAGAAGACGGAGGAGCACUUUCAGGAAGCCGUGAAGGAGAAUAAGCUCAGCUUCCGUGCGGUGGACCCAGAUGGAGAUGGACAUGUCACGUGGGACGAAUACCGAGUGAAGUUUUUGGCAAGCAAAGGUUUCAAUGAGAAGGAGGUGGCUGAGAAGCUUAAGAAUAACGAGGAGUUGAAAGUGGAUGAGGAGACCCAGGAAGUUCUAGAGAGCCUUAAGGACCGCUGGUUUCAGGCCGACAAUCCCCCAGCAGACCAGCUGCUGAACGAAGAGGAGUUCCUCUCCUUCCUUCACCCGGAGCAUAGCCGGGGCAUGCUUAAGUACAUGGUCAAGGAGAUCGUUCGUGACCUGGAUCAAGAUGGCGACAAGAAGCUGACCCUGUCGGAGUUCAUCUCCUUGCCGAUGGGCACCGUGGAGAACCAGCAAGCCCAGGACGUUGACGACGACUGGGUCAGGGAGAGGAAGAAGGAAUUCCAGGAGGUCAUUGAUGCCAACCAAGAUGGUAUAGUCACAAUGGAGGAGUUGGAGGAGUACAUGGACCCCAUGAAUGAAUAUAAUGCCCUCAACGAAGCCAAGCAGAUGAUUGCUGUGGCUGAUGAGAACCAGAACCACAAUUUGGAACUGGAGGAGAUACUAAAAUACAGUGAAUACUUCACGGGUAGCAAGCUAAUGGACUACGCCCGCAACGUGCACGAGGAGUUCUGAUGGAGCCUUUCUGCGUUUGUCCUCCUUGUAAACCCCUCAUCUGUCCAGCAGCUGGAUGGAGCUUCCACCCAGCCUGGCCUUCGCGGGGAGGCCCUACCAUUGCAAAGACGCCGCGGCUUGAGGCGUCACUGUACGCGUUCAGCCUGUCAGCUCUGUUGCUCCUUCAGGCUUGUCAAGGUUCAGUUUGAGACGUGUGUCCUAUUCGGUCUGCCUUGCCAUCUACCUCUGCAGUCACUUUCAUUGAAUUGCAUGUGCUGCUGUCCUUAUUAUUCAUGAGUUCCAUAUGUUGCACCACCAAAUUAAUUUCCCAUCAAGAGAGAUGUUUGGAUGUAUACGUAUAUCCAAACAUAUGUGUUUCUCUGGAAAAAAUAUAUAUGAGGAAUUUUCUUGAACCUGUUUGCUACAGUCGAGGUUUUGUUGAAAGCACACAGAUUAUGUAAUUGGUUUAUUUAGUUUGGCAUAUGAUAUCCAUUCCCAUGUGAGAAUUUCUUUCCUAAUUGCAUCAGCUUAAACAAGUAUCCAACUGGAGGACAUUGUAAAAGAACAGUCAACACGCAGACAUUAUAAAUUAGUCAUGAUCGAUUAACAAAAUGUUAAGUCACCCGAUUAAAUUUCAAAUUUGAAAGUAUGUGAGGAUCUUUGCCCACUUUUUCUAAUUUCAGAAAUGCAAAACACAGACUUGGGGAAAAUGAGGAACUGGUUUAGUGCAGGGAAGAUGAAGAUGAUGACAUGGAAACGACAGGAGUGAUCGUCUUUGCGUUGCAGUUUUGCGUUUACAGAACAAAACUGAGAUGCAUGUCUUGCAGAAUUGUCACAUUCUCUGUGCACAUCCACGCCUUUGAGCCUGGCUAUAUGUGUCGCACCUUCAGCUGCUAAGCAACCUUACAAAUUUGGGGGGGGGGGGCAUAAUUAGGAUUCAGUAACUGGCUCAGAGGGAUAAGUUGUUUCCCUUGACAUGAUAUAAAUUCUACUAGUUUUAAACAAUUGAACUAUUGUCUUAUUUUUGCUUUAUAUAAAUUCCAAAACACGGAUUUUGGGAGCGUUUCUGGAUUUCAUUAAUCUACCGGGUGAAAUUUGAUUUGGGUAAAAUGACUUAAAACAGUAAACAGUCUUAACUUCCUGUUCUCGUCAUUUUUUAACUGGCAAUGCAAUAUGUAGAACUCUUAAAAACGUCAGUCGUCCCAUCAAAAAGAGGAACAUUGUUUGUCUCCAAUUUGUUAGUUUUCUGUGGUAAUUGGCCCUUGUCGAUUCAGCCUGUGGAUUUACGAAAAAAAACAACUUUUUUUUAUUCUUCGGUAUAUAUGUGUCACAGUCCCAGAGAACAAGCAGGGCGUCCUUUCUCUUAGCACAGCACAGGUCCAGGUGGCUGUUAGUUAGGGAGGUGCCCAAGAUGUAAAUAAUGUUACUGAUUAAAGGGUAUUCUGCACAUUAUGUGAAAAGCUGCUCCAUGUCAUCGGUGUUUUUUGAAAAACGCUAUAACUAUAUUAGCAGGUAGACGGCUUUCCAAGUUACCUUGCCAUACAACUCAAUCACCGUCCAAAAUUAAUAUAUGGUCAGUUGUCCGAAGUCACUUUUUUGUGUCCAUUCAAAAGGUUGUUUUUUUUCUUUGGAUGUGACGACCCAUUUGAUCUCUUGAUCAAAAAAUAUAUUUCUCAAUUUCCUGCUCUGUAUAUUUUGGUUUUCUUAUGCUUUGAUGCUUAAUUGCAUUGUAUUAAUGCCUUGGAUAGCAUUUCUAGAAUUUAUGUAUAGUCUUCGGUUGCAUUUUUGCUGAAAUGACACAUCCUGUGGAAAUGUACUGAAUAAUUGGAACCAGCAUCUAAACUUCUUGCUAAUUUAAGGCUGUUUAAAAGCUUGUCUGGUGAAUGUAAAGCUUCUCUAAAUUGCAUUGUAUUACAAAAUUUACAAGGAACAAUAAAUUUCUUACCAAUCUCUGUAGUAUAUUUCAAUGUUAAUCAUAAGGCAUUGCAUUAAAUAGAUUCUGUAAAAAUGUUACAAUUAGAUAUCAAUUUCUUCAGGGUCUGUAGAUGUCUAAGGCUGUCCAUUCAUGCACUGUAUUUGCCUUUGCACUUGAUUAAAAGUUGUGCAGAAUUUAUCGUGAAA